AUGUCCUCGUGGCCCAUAAAUUCUGCAUUCUUCGUGGCCACUAUCAGCUGCACAUCGUUCUCCCCAGGCUUUGGCAGGAAGCAGGCGAAGAUCAGCCAUCCCGAACGUCCUUCGCACGGAAGUUUCCAGAUGUCCCGGCUCCGCAGCCCCCGGGGGCACGGGACUCAGGGGCCGGGCCGCCCCUCAGCGCUUCCCGCCAAACCCGGGGGCGGGGCGGGGCGGGGCGCGGCGCGCGGGUUUGGCGCGCGGGGCGGCGCGCUUCCCGCCGCGGCCAUGUCUCGGCAGAGCACCCUGCUCCGCUUCUUCCCCAGGGCCGCCCCGCCGCCGGCAGCCGGCGGCGAGCCCCGCGGCGAGCCCCGCCGCCGCUCCUUGGGGGAGCGGAACGGGCUGCAGGCCGCCGGCAGCCCCCCGGGCGGGGCGGGCCGAGCGGCGGCGCGGCGCGGCGAGCACGGCGAGAAGGGCGCGGGGGGCGGCGCGGCCGCCAAGGCCCCCAGUGUCUCCUGUGAGUAUUCUCCUGGGGACUUGGUGUGGGCCAAGAUGGAAGGUUAUCCCUGGUGGCCAUGUCUCAUAUACAACCACCCCACUGAAAGAACAAUUCUCAGAGGAAAAGGAAAAGCCACUCGUGUCCACGUGCAGUUCUUUGAUGACAGCCCUACAAGGGGUUGGAUCAGUGUUAAAUACCUGAAGCCAUAUAAAGGUUCAUCAGACAGGGAGACAAUGAAGGGAGGUAUGUUUUACAGCACAAAGCCUGAAAUUAAAAGAGCCAUGGUACUGGCAGAUGAUGCCAUGAAGAAAGAUAAAAUCAAGAGGCUUGAACUGGCAGUAUGCAAUGAGCCUUCAGACACAGAGGAGGAAGAGGAAGAAAUAGAGGAGAUGAGUGAAAAUGCAUCAGGCAGUAGUGAAGACUGCAAUAGUGAGGAGGACGUGAAAAGCAAUAAGCGAGUAAUGAGCAGGGAGAGAGCUGUAAAAACCAAGAGAAGGAGAGUGUUGGAUUCUGACAGUGACCACGAUGGCUCUGAUGUGGAGUUCAAGCCUGAUGGGAAAGAAGCAGCAAGCAGUGAGGAAGCCAGUAGUGGGGUGGAUGAAAACGAGUCUUCUGACGCAGAGACAGAGGCAGAGAGCCCCAUAAAAGUCCCUGCUAAACGAAAGAGAAGAGAGGUGAAAAAGCCUGCUAAAAGGAGUAGCCUGGGAAAUGAAUGUUCGGAAACACCCAAAAGAGCAGCAACAGUCUCUUCAGAAGCCAAAUCUAAGCUGACAUCGUUUGCAGCACCUGAAAGUUUUGAAUCUCAAGCAAAUGCUUCCAGUGGAGGCACUGGUGGCUUCUCAGUGUGGGAACACGAGAAGCUUGACUGGCUGCAAGAAGGGAAGAGGAGAGAUGCGCACAGGAGGCGUCAGGGUGACCCCGAUUACGACCCCUGCACUCUGUACGUGCCCGAGGAUUACCUCAACAAGUGCACGCCGGGCGUGCGCAGGUGGUGGCAGCUCAAGAGCCAAAACUUUGAUGCUGUGAUUUGCUACAAGGUCGGAAAGUUCUAUGAAUUGUAUCACAUGGACGCAGUCACUGGCGUCAAUGAGCUGGGCCUGAUCUUUAUGAAGGGCACCUGGGCCCACUCAGGUUUUCCAGAAACUGCGUUUGGCCGAUUCUCUGACGUCCUGGUGCAGAAGGGCUACAAGGUGGCGCGCGUGGAGCAGACGGAAACGCCUGAAAUGAUGGAAGCACGCUGCAAGUCCAAGGGCCAGUCCACCAAGUUUGACAAGGUGGUGCGCCGGGAGAUUUGCAGGAUCAUCACCAAGGGAACCAAGACCUACAGCGUCAUGGACUGCGACCCCUCCGAGAACCACAGCAAGUUCCUGCUGUGUGUGAAGGAGAAGGAGGACUCAGCCGGGACGCGCGUCUACGGGGUCUGCUUCGUCGACACCUCCAUGGGGAAGUUCCAUGUUGGCCAGUUCCCAGACGACCGCCACUGCUCCAGGUUUAGGACUUUGGUAGCUCACUACACCCCUGUGCAGGUGCUGUUUGAGAAGGGCAACCUGUCUGUGGACACACAGAAGAUACUGAAAGGCUCACUUGUUUCUUGCAUUCAGGAAGGGCUGACCUCGGGUUCCCAGUUCUGGAAUGCAUCUAAAACACUAAAAGUCCUUCUCGAGGAAGGAUAUUUCAAGGAGAAGCAGAAUUCUGAAAAUGGAUGUUCUCUGCCCUCUGUAAUCAAAUCUCUGACUUCAGAGAGUGACUCCCUGGGAUUAACUCCUGGUGAAAACAGUGAAUUAGCUUUGUCAGCUCUUGGGGGAUGUGUCUUCUAUCUCAAAAGAUGUCUGAUUGAUCAGGAGCUGUUAUCACAGGCAAACUUCGAGGAAUAUGUCCCUGUGGAUAUUGCUACUGCAAAAACCAUGAGUUCAGGUAGUUUGUUUGCCAGAACUGGCCAGCGGAUGGUGCUGGAUGGAGUCACCCUGAUGAACUUGGAAGUCCUGCAGAAUGGAACCAAUGGAAGCACAGAAGGUACUUUGUUGGAGAGGAUUGAUUCUUGCUGUACACCAUUUGGGAAGCGACUCCUGAAACAGUGGCUCUGCGCUCCACUUUGUAACCCUAAAUCCAUCAAUGAUCGUUUGGAUGCUGUUGAAGACCUCCUGGAAGUGCCAGAUAAAAUGUCUGAAGUCAGUGAGUACCUCAAGAAACUACCUGACCUUGAAAGACUGCUCAGCAAAAUUCACAGCAUUGGAUCACCACUCAAAAGUCAGAACCAUCCUGACAGCAGGGCCAUCUUCUAUGAAGAAAUCAAAUACAGCAAAAAAAAAAUUGCUGACUUUCUGUCUACCCUGGAGGGAUUCAAAAUAAUGAAUGAAAUUGUCGAAUUCAUGGAGGAGUUUGCCAGUGACUUCAAAUCCAGAGUGCUGAAGCAGCUGGUCACUCGCAAAGCCCAAAAUCCCGAUGGCCGCUUCCCAGACUUGACUGCAGAGCUCACAAGGUGGGACACUGCCUUUGAUCACAACCAGGCUCGGAAGACAGGGGUGAUCACCCCCAAGCUAGGUUUUGACCCCGAUUAUGAUGGAGCACUAGAGGAUAUCAGAGCUCUCGAGGAGGAUCUUCGGAGGUACCUGGAUAAGCAACGCAAGCUGCUCGGGUCCAAAUCCGUGCAGUACUGGGGGACAGGCAAGAACAGGUACCAGAUGGAAAUCCCAGAAAGUGUCAUAUCCCGCAACCUGCCCGAGGAAUACGAGCUGAGGUCCAGCAGGAAGGGCUACAAGCGCUACUGGACCAAGGAGAUAGAGAAGAUGCUGGCUGCGAUGGUGAACGCCGAGGAGCGCCGUGACGCCGCCCUCAAGGACUGCAUGAGGCGCCUCUUCUACAACUUUGCCAAGAACAGCAAGGACUGGCAGACAGCUGUGGAGUGCAUUGCUGUGCUGGAUGUCUUGAUGUCCCUUGCUCACUACAGUCAAGGUGGUGAUGGACCUCUGUGCCGACCUGAAAUCCUGCUGCCUAGGGAUAAUGCUCGUCCCUUCCUGGAACUUAGAAAUUCCCGCCAUCCAUGCAUCACAAAAACUUUCUUUGGGGAUGAUUUUAUUCCCAAUGAUAUCGUGAUAGGCAUCAAGGAUGAAGGCAGCAGCAGUGAGGGCUCCUGUGUGCUGGUAACUGGCCCAAACAUGGGUGGCAAAUCUACUCUCAUGAGACAGGCUGGUCUCCUGGUGGUCAUGGCCCAGCUGGGCUGCUACGUGCCCGCGGAAGCCUGCAGGCUCACACCCAUCGACCGCGUGUUCACGCGGCUCGGCGCCUCCGACAGGAUCAUGGCUGGUGAAAGUACCUUCUUUGUUGAAUUGAGUGAGACUUCCAGCAUUCUGCAGCAUGCAACAGAGCAUUCCCUUGUUCUCAUGGAUGAACUGGGCAGAGGCACGGCCACGUUUGACGGCACAGCCAUAGCGAGCGCCGUGGUGCAGGAGCUGGCCGAGAGGAUCCAGUGCCGGACGCUGUUCUCCACUCACUACCACUCCCUGGUGGAGGACUAUUCCCACAGUGGGGCCGUGCGCCUGGGCCACAUGGCAUGUAUGGUUGAAAAUGAGAGUGAGGAUCCAAGCCAGGAAACAAUUACGUUCCUGUACAAGUUCAUUGAAGGAGCCUGCCCAAAGAGCUAUGGCUUCAAUGCGGCAAGACUUGCAGAUAUUCCAGAGGAAGUCAUUCAGAAGGGGCACAGAAAAGCCAAAGAGUUUGAAAAAACAACCAUCUCACUGAGAAUAUUUAGGUACCUGUGCCAGGUGGUGGAUGGAACAACAUGUGAUGCAAAUGCAGUUCGGAAACUCAUGGCGAUGAUUGACCGGCUUUAGAACUCGCACGGUUUCUCAAGAAGGUGGGAGCAGACAACAUUAUGAUCUAAUAAACUUUAUUUUUUAAAAAUGA